GCUUUUGUCACCAUGCUCUCAUCUGGUGACUUUGCUUCUGCAUCCUGGGAGCUCGUGGUCCGUGUGGACCAUCCAAAUGAAGAGGAGCAGCGAGACAUCACCCUGAGGGUGUCCGGAGACCUGCAUGUCGGGGGAGUGAUGCUCAAGUUAGUAGAACAGAUCAACAUAAAGCAAGACUGGUCAGACUUUGCCCUUUGGUGGGAGCAAAAGCGGUGCUGGCUUCUGAAAACCCACUGGACCCUGGACAAAUGCGGGGUGCAGGCAGAUGCAAAGCUCCUCUUCACCCCUCAGCAUAAGAUGCUUCGCCUCCGGCUGCCGAACAUGAAGACAGUGAGACUGCGCGUUAGCUUCUCAGCUGUGGUUUUUAAAGCUGUCAGUGAUAUCUGCCGAACACUGAAUAUCAGAAGACCAGAAGAACUUUCUCUGUUAAAACCUUCUGCUGAUUAUUUUAAAAAGAAAAAGAAAAAAGAUAAAAAUAAUAAAGAACCUGUAAUUGAAGACGUUUUAAACCUGGAGAGUUCACCUACAACUUCUGGUUCACCAGUAAGUCCUGGUUUGUACAGUAAAACCAUGACUCCUACAUACGAUCCCGUCAAUGGAACGCCAGCAUCCUCCACCAUGACCUGGUUCAGCGACAGCCCUUUGGCCGAGCAGAGCUGCAGCAUCCUUGCUAUCAGCCAGCCCACCCAGUCACCAGAAGCGCUUGCUGACAUGUACCAGCCUCGGUCUCUGGUUGAUAAAGCCAAACUAAACGCAGGUUGGCUGGACUCCUCGCGCUCCCUCAUGGAACAAGGGAUCCGGGAGGAUGAGCAGCUGCUGUUGCGAUUUAAAUAUUACACUUUUUUCGACUUGAAUCCCAAAUAUGAUGCUGUCCGGAUAAACCAACUCUAUGAGCAAGCCAGGUGGUCCAUUCUCUUGGAAGAAAUCGACUGUACAGAAGAAGAGAUGUUGAUCUUUGCCGCAUUACAGUAUCACAUCAGCAAACUGUCAUUGUCAACUGACAUCCAGGAUUUCACAAAUGAGUCUGAGGUUGAUGAAGUGGAAGCAGCUCUUUCUAAUCUGGAAGUCACCCUCGAAGGUGGAAAAGCAGACAGCGCUUUGGAGGACAUUACUGAUAUCCCUAAGCUUGCAGAUAAUCUCAAGUUACAUAGGCCCAAGAAGCUAAUAUUAAAAGCUUUCAAACAAUACUGGUUCGUCUUUAAGGACACAUCUAUAGCCUACUUUAAAAAUAAAGAGCUUGAACAAGGAGAACCAGUAGAAAAACUGAAUCUUAGAGGCUGUGAAGUUGUGCCUGACGUGAACGUGGCGGGGAGAAAAUUUGGAAUCAAGUUACUAAUCCCUGUAGCUGAUGGAAUGAAUGAAGUGUAUCUGAGAUGUGACCACGAAAAUCAAUAUGCCCGAUGGAUGGCUGCCUGCAUGUUGGCAUCCAAGGGUAAAACCAUGGCCGACAGCUCCUACCAGCCAGAGGUACUGAGCAUCCUUUCAUUUCUAAGAAUGAAGAAUCGGAGCCCGGCGUCUCCAACAACUUCCAGCGCAGAGAACAUGGACAUGAACCCAGAGUGUUUUGUAUCUCCUCGGUGUGCAAAAAAGCACAAAUCAAAACAGCUGGCAGCCCGGAUCCUGGAAGCCCACCAGAAUGUGUCCCAGAUGCCUCUAGUCGAAGCCAAGCUGCAGUUCAUCCAGGCCUGGAGGUCUCUGCCUGAGUUUGGGCUCACUUACUACCUCGUCAGAUUUAAAGGAAGCAAGAAAGACGAUGUUCUGGGAGUUUCCUAUAACAGACUGAUUAGAAUCGACGCGGCCACUGGGAUUCCAAUCACGACAUGGAGAUUCACAAAUAUGAAACAGUGGAAUGUGAACUGGGAAAUCCGUCAGGUGGCCAUCGAGUUCGACCAGAACGUCUCCAUUGCGUUCACCUGCCUGAGUGCAGAUUGCAAGAUUGUACACGAGUACAUCGGGGGCUACAUCUUCUUGUCCACCCGCUCCAAGGACCAGAACGAAACGCUGGACGAGGAUCUGUUCCAUAAAUUGACUGGCGGUCAGGAAUGAAGC